AUGCUGGAUAUACCAGAAAGCAUAUCAUUUGCCAAAGAAUAUGAUCUCAUUGUUCCUACUAGUGCCUCAUCAUCAGAAGAGGAGCAUAGUCAACACCUAAAACUAGUGUUUGAAAGAUUAGACAAAUAUGGUUUAUGCAUCAAUAUAUCCAAAUCUGUGUUUGGAGUUGAAGAAAUAGAAUUUCUUGGAUAUCUCAUAAAUGCUGCAGGUUCAAGACCCUUCCCUGCAAACGUGCAAGCAAUUUUGAGUUACCAAUUGCCAACAACAAUUCAUGAUUUACGUAACUUCCUAGGUAUGAUUUGCCACACCACGCCCUAUCAUCCCCAAUGUAAUGGGAAAAUAGAGCGUUUCCAUAGAACCCUAAAAUCUGCAAUUAAAGCUCACAACUCAAUCAAAUGGACUGAAGUUCUACCUACAGUGCUUCUUGGCCUCAGAGCAGCUGUUAGAGAGGAUGGUAACCAUUCUCUUGCUCAAAUGGUGUAUGGAACCAACAUAAGGAUACCAGGUGAAUUUUUUGACCCUCCAACUUGUGAAAUAGGGCCUGAUAGCUUUGUGAAUAAAUUACAAAAACAUAUGGCUCUCCUCAAACCAGUGAAAAUGCAAAAUACACCACAACAGAAAGCGUUUGUGCACAAAGAUUUAGAUACUUGUACACAAGUGUUUAUUCGAGUGGACAGAAUCAAGAAGCCACUUGAACCAGCCUAUGAGGGACCAUUUCCAGUUCUGGACAGGCAGGAAAAAUAUUUUUCUCUGUCAAUUAAAGGGAACCAGUGA